UUAACCACCAGUAUUGUGUGAAGACGAAAACGAGUGUUUUUUUGUGGAAUUGUGAAUUGUGGAUUGUGAAUUUGUGCAAAAGCAUGGCCUACUCUAAUAAAUUCAUCUAUGCAUCGCUGCCGCGGACGCAGCGUGGCCAACCGAUCGUGCUGGGCGGUGAUCCGAAGGGCAAGAACUUUCUCUACACCAAUGGCCAUUCCGUGAUUAUUCGCAAUAUUGAGAAUCCCGAAAUUGCCGACAUCUACACGGAGCACUCGUGCACGGUGAAUGUGGCAAAGUACUCACCCAGUGGGUUCUACAUUGCAUCCGGUGACCAGUCCGGAAAGAUACGCAUCUGGGACACGGUGAACAAGGAGCACAUACUGAAGAACGAGUUCCAACCGAUCGGUGGCCCCAUCAAGGAUAUCUCAUGGUCACCGGACAGUCAGCGGAUUGUGAUCGUAGGAGAGGGUCGGGAACGGUUCGGGCAUGUGUUUAUGGCCGAGACGGGAACUUCUGUCGGUGAAAUUUCUGGUCAGUCGAAACCGAUCAACUCGUGCGACUUUCGUCCGGCUCGACCGUUCCGCAUUGUGACGGGCAGCGAGGACAAUACGAUCGGUGUGUUCGAGGGACCGCCGUUCAAGUUCAAGAUGACGAAGCAGGACCACACGCGGUUUGUGCAGGCCGUACGCUACUCACCCAGUGGCCAUCUGUUUGCUUCGGCCGGUUUUGAUGGAAAGGUAUUCAUCUACGAUGGCACGACGUCCGAGCUGGUGGGCGAGGUGGGUUCUCCGGCUCACAGUGGUGGAGUUUACGGUGUAGCCUGGAAGCCGGACGGUAAGCAACUGCUGACGUGCUCCGGUGAUAAGUCCUGUAAGCUGUGGGACGUGGAAACGCGCACUCUCAUCAGCGAGUUCCCGUUGGGUACUACGGUCGAUGAUCAGCAGGUUUCGUGUCUAUGGCAGGGAGAGCACAUCCUCUCCGUAUCCUUAUCUGGAUUUAUCAACUAUCUCGACGUGAACAAUCCUACGAAGCCGCUGCGUAUUGUGAAGGGUCAUAAUAAACCGAUCACGGUACUGACACUGAGUGAUGAUCGUAGCACGAUCUAUACCGGCAGUCACGAUGGUGCCGUAACAAACUGGAACUCCGGCAGUGGUACCAACGAUCGUGUCGGAGGAGUUGGACAUGGCAAUCAAAUCAACGACAUACGGGCUUCGGGAGACUUUGUCUACACGGCCGGUAUCGAUGAUUCGAUCAAGCAGAUCAGUGUUGAGGGAAACCUGUACACGGGAGUGGACAUGAAGUUGGCCUGUCAGCCACGUGGACUGGACAUCCUGAAGGAGGGCAACACAAUCGUUGUUGGUUGUGUGAAAGAUUUGACCGUGCUGCAGGAUAACCGGAAGGUAUCGACGUUGCCGAUCGCAUACGAAUCGAGCAGCGUUAGCAUCAACACGGAAACGAAGGAUGUGGCCGUCGGUGGUGACGACAGUAAGCUGCACAUCUACACCCUCAACGGUACACAGCUGGUACCGAAGGUGGAACUGGACCAUCUUGGUCCGGUCACCGAUUGUCGUUAUUCGCCCGACAAUAAACUGUUGGUUGCUUGCGAUGCCCAUCGUAAGGUGAUUCUCUACAGUGUCGAUGAAUAUAAGCCGGCACACAACAAAGAAUGGGGCUUCCAUAAUGCUCGUGUGAACUGUGUCGCUUUUUCGCCAAAUUCCGAGCUGGUGGCUAGCGGCUCACUCGACACCACCAUCAUCAUCUGGUUCGUGAACAGCCCAGCUAAGCACACGAUCAUUAAGAAUGCACAUCCCCAAUCCCAGAUCACGGGUCUCGUUUGGCUGGACAAUGAGACUCUGAUUUCUACCGGUCAAGACUGCAAUACGAAGGUGUGGAACAUCGAAAACGUUGCCUAAAUCAUUGCCGUCCACAAAACGAUGGCUUCUAAUAUUAUGUGUCUGCCAAACGGGAGGAGAACGGAAUUUUGCGGCAGGGAAAACAUAACUCCACCCACCCCUUUUAGUAUACAAUGAUCCUAUUUAUUUCGUUAAUCCCGUUAACCGCUCGGUUUAACAAUGGCUUGUCUCGAUUUAUGCGGAUCCAGUUUCCGACUUUCCCUCCCAAUCAGUCAAGCCCGUACAAAGUAGGCGUUUUAUGUGUGCGCGUGUGUAUGAGUGUAUUGAUCUGCCGUUGCUUUGAUUGCAAAAAAAUGUAUUUACCAAUUUGUAUUACCUUCCCUUCUAUGAUCGCCGAUGCGAUCCUCGCUGUUUUCCUUCCUUCAGAUGAGAUUUCAUGUAAAACAAACGAUACACCCUCAUUAACAAAAAGGCUGCAAGCUUGCGGAGGCUUAGAAGCAAUAUGAUCAUCAGUCUACCAGUCUGCAGAAAUGAAGAAGCAGCAAGCAAAAUUAAGAAAGCCAAAUGCAUUUACAUAAUAUGUUUUCGAUCAAUUUUUUUCUUUUUGUUUUGUUUUUGUCGCCAACACACUACUUGUCACUAGUGCCGCUAGAAAUGAACCGCGGAAAAUCGUAGAUUGAGACAGGGGAGAGAGAACACCGAUGAUUGAAUGAUUUUAUUGGUGGCUUGCUACAAAAAAAAAACAUGUCUACAAAUAUACCUUUUUUAUAACGAGAAUAAAGGCUGGCAUUUGUGCUCCGCUUCUUCUUUUUUCUUUCACAAAAAGACCUCCA